AUGGGAGAUUCUGAAAAGCUCGUGGUUUAUUACUCCUGCUUUAACUAUGAAGUCGACCCUCAAGAAUUCCCUCAACUCCAAUCCUUCAGAUAUUCAUUGCUGUCUUUACUUGGAGAAGACUGGCUGCAAUCUCUUCAAAGAGAGCUUGAAUUUUUGAAUAUCAGGCUGGCGAAAUAUUCACUUGAAGUCUUGAUUGAAAUUUUCCUCACUCCCCCCCUCUGUGAGCGAACAAGAUUUUUUGUUCGCUCACGAAGGGGGUUAAUUGUUUAUUUUAAAAAAAUUUAUAUAGAAUUUUUUUUUUUUCAAAAUUGAAAAAAAUCCCUCUUCGCAAAAAUUGGAAAGCAAAUAUCAAUUUGUUUAAAAAUUAAAGAGAAUAGCUCGAGAUUUCAUUAUAAUAAUUAUCACUUAUAUAUCAAAAUUUUAUUCCACAAAAAAAAAAUUUGGACGCUCACGUGGGCAAAAAAUAGGGAUUUUUUUAAUGGUUUUACUCGCUCUCGGAGGGGGAGUCAGCAUAAUUCAGAAAUCUCAUAGUAUUGAUUUUGCUGGUUUUAAGCAAACUUUUAAGUAUGAGCUUUCGUUAAAUUCAGUUUGGACUGACAAAAACCAGGAAUGCGCUUAUCUUGAGUCACUGCUGAAUGAAUUUUUUAUAGCGGCAAUGUCUCUGCCUAUAGAUAUUGAGCUUAAUAGGUAUGAAUUUAAAGUCUUGCCGAGUGCCAGAGUAAAGUCGCAGCUUCAGCCACUUGUAGUUGCACAAGAAGAAGUGCAAAAUUUUGCCUCCAGAGUUUGUAAAGUACUAAGAAGGGCUAGUUUACCUCUUGAAGCUAUAAUUGGGCCAGAAAUGCUAGCGUCAUUAUCAAAUUAUAUAGAUAGUCUUUCUAAUCGAGUGCUUUCUACUUUUCAAGUAACAAGUCAAGUUGUUACAAAUAUUAUUGAAGUUAAUCCGUUCAAUUUAAAUGUAAAAGUAAGCUAUUAUUAAUAUAAGAUUUGUAUUACUUAAUAAGCCUAAACUGUUUAUGAAGGGAAAUAGACUAUAGCUAAUUUUAUAUUAAAAGUUUCCCGCAAUUUAAAAUGGCGGGAUGUGGUUAUUUGGGCUCAGUAAGUCCUUGAUUCUCUGAGAGUCUGGGCUACAAGAGACACUGGUAAAAGAGAGUAGCUUGGAGUUGAGGCGAAAGUAGUUCUAACGGUCGAAUAACUGCUUGCUCAGAGGUCGUUUUCUAUCAACAAUUCACAGGAAAGACAAGAAUUAGUCAAUCUAACUAACUAAAAAAGUUUCCCAUAUGAUAAAGGAUAAGAGUGAUUCAACCUGCGCGAGAUUUUUAUAACAAAGCCAUCGAAAUUUGGAUAUCUCUUAACGAGCAACUCAACCCUACAGAUUUUGUCUUGUCCGUCAAGGCAAAAAUGGGCUCCUGUUGGACUGAAAAAUUACUGAAUCCUGCGCUACAUUUUUAUCAAAUUGCAAGUGAAGAAUGGAUAAAAUCCAAAGGCAUUGGAAUUGAUUAUUUUACUCGAAGGGUCAAUGAAAGGCUAUGGGAAAUGUGGCGACAGUCAAUUAUUGAGGCUUCUAAAUCCUUCCAAGAGCAUAUGAUCCCAAAAACGAUAAUUUAA